AUGUCUGAAAGUACAGCAAAAAUUCAAGGCAAAGAUGUUAUCUCAUCUCAAGCUGUUCAACGUCCAAUGGAUUCAUCUGGUGGCAGUUCAUCCGGCGGUUCAAAUGUGCCAGGUGCAACGCACAGCGGCUCUCUCGUUACAUGUUCUGAUAAUAGUCAAUAUUUAGUACAUAAAGGUGAUGGAUAUUCACCAAGUAAUCCAACUGUUGUAACGCCAGCUGAGAAUAUGUCAUCAAAAUGGACAAAAGUAGGUGAACCAUCACAGCCCAAUACAACAGUUGGUGGAAUGAUGAAUAAUGGUGAAUAUGGUUUAACAGGUGGUAAAAAUUGCAACGAUGCAACAGCAGGACAACCAAAUUCAAACGUGAGAACCGAUGCACUCUCAGCUAAUAUCGUACCAAAGUAA